CAUUAAGACCAUUGGAGCCAUAGGGUGCGACGGUGCGUAUUCUCCUCCCUACGGACAAAUACGAUACGAAAAUACGGUGUUGCGCAAGUCAAUGGAUCGAUGUCGAGCGACAAGAUUACGAUUGGCUAAUGCCUAGGAACCCCCCUGACGCUAAUUACAACAUGAUGAUGUGGAGUUGAGCACGCAUCCAACAGGGUUCCCUGAGCAGGGCUGCAGCAGAAGAGAGAUCUACCUUCUCGAAGACAGUUUCGGCGUUUUGUUACAACAGAAGCGGUACUCGUGUACCCAUGUACCAGGCGUGGGCAUUUGUACAUACAUCGGAUCGUCGUCGCCGGUCCCUCCACCAUCGCCAGUCUUCCUGGAUCUGGGGAAGAUUAUCUUGACGUAUGAAGUCGCACACCGUUACCAAAUGAUGAUGAGCGAAGUGAAGACGAGUGGAAGUUUUGUUCGCUAUGGAGAGGGAGGAGAUGAGCUGAUUGCAGGACCUGAUGAUCGCACUUAGGAAUUUUGACGUAAUUCUUUGGUUCCUUAUUAUUUUUUUCUUCUUUUUCUUUUCCUUUUCCUUUUCCUUUUCAGCUUCGGCACCAUAUCCGCGAUGCCAGACGCUCUUCUUUCUUCUUUUAGUAAUAACUAGUGGUAACAAGGCGAGUUCGCUUCCCCACCGGCGCCUAAAAUUCGCCGUCGAAACUUGGGGCAGACAAGGCAGGCUGGCAGGCUAGGGCAACGGACCAAGACGGUGAGGGAUAAGGAUAAGGGGGACUAGAAUAUUCUAAAGCAUUUCCCAAGUGGGAAUGUCCUUGCAAUAGUGGUAUUUUUAAUAUAUCGAGGGUAAUCCUGUAGUAGUAUCAAUGCAGAUGUCGUUAUCGUCAUCAUUAAACUUAUGAAUGAGUCCUACUGUGCGUGUGUAGAGGCGGUGAGCCAUCGUGGGUUCUGAAAAUUUAGAUUAGACCAUGGAGCAAUUGGACCAGACGCUCUACCAAGAAUGUGAACUUCGGUCAGAAUGUGUCAAGAGAGAUACAUGUAUCACGACUAACUUGACCGCCUCGGUGUCGUUGGGCAAGGUGAUAUGAAGAGUACUGAAGAAACACACAGAGCCGCGACUCGUCUUACAGUUGGGUUUUUUGGUUCAGCACCGCCGUCAUACGAGACAGCAAGAUCUACAACUACGGGGGCUGCGGCAUGGGGCCAUGCAAGGUCGGGCGUGUAAUGGUAGGUUGCGUCUGGUUUCUGGGCUUCUAAGCGCUUUUACUGGCUGCGUAGCGUAGGCAACGUUUUAU